UAAUUACGCUACGAAUGGAUCCGUGAAGUUCACUAUAUUGGGUCACACUAGCCCUGGCUGAUAUUGAGACCGACAGCACUGGCUGCAGGUCAUGUGCGGCUGGGUGAGUGUUAACAUCCAUCUCCAGCUUUGUGCUCACUCACACGUAGCCUAGACCCGGAAGCACAAGUCGAGGCUGCUCGGCUUUGUUUUGUUUUGUUAGUGACUGGAGUUGGAGCGAGAAGGGAAGGAACGUGCAUGGAUUGUUCUCCGCUUCGGGAAUGGAAGAUGACCAGAUGUCGGAGGACAAUUACCCGUGUAGCAUGCUCGGUUUGGUCGGGAGCUAUGAGGACGAGACGGUCUACAAUGUCUACAAAGAGUUGCCCUACAAAGUUGAGUCAAGGGGCACAGAUUUUGCACAAGAUGCCCGGGACAGUAAGGUUCAGACAGCGGGCGGUCACUUGGACAUGCACAUGCAGAGAAUUGAGAAGAGAACGAGCAAAGAAAACGAAGAUACGGACAAUUUUCGGAGACAGAGCGCGGUGCAUAUUUUGAAGAGGAAUUUCGGGACGUCGCGAUCGUUUUCCACCCUCAACAACAACAACAAUACAGCGGAUGACCAAAAAGACUCGGAUGAUAACAUUGUUGACAUAGUCAUUAAACGUAUGGAAAGUCUGGACCUGGAGAAGUCCAAUUGGGGAGAACCGGAGGAUAUAACUGAGCAAAUCGCGGAUCAAACGAAGGGAUUAACGUCAUCCGAUUUGGAUCAAGUUGAUGUAACAGAUUCUGACGAAUGUAGAAGUAACCGGACUGACGACGAGUCAUUUCAGUUAAAGGAGCAUGUUUAUUGUACGGUGUACUGCAUCGCCAAUGACAACUAUCGGAAGCCUCCAGAUAACCGUGAAAGCACAGAACAUCAACAUAUUGAGAAGAUAACGCCGUCUACAUCGGAUGUAACACCAUCAGAUUUAUCUGUGGGUUUGCGGAGGCACAGCGAUGCUGAUACGGGCCUCCGCCCCACUAACAUCCCAGAACCCUACACAUUAUCGAACUUGAUCGAUUCUAGAUCUCUGAGCAACUUUUACAACAGAGAUUACAGUGUAUCGGUUCUUAUGACGUGUCGAAUCUGUUUGGACGACAAGCAUAUAAAGCCGCUACAUUGUUGCAAAAAGGCUGUCUGUGAGGAAUGCCUAAAAAGAUACAUCAGUUCUCAGGUGCGAGUGGGCAGGGCUGACAUCAUCUGUCCAAUCACAGAAUGCAGUGGUUUCCUGGAGGAGAGUGUAGUGGUGUCUCAUCUGGCCAAUGAGGAGGUAGCAAAGUACCACUACUUCCUGGAGUUAGGCCGAUUAGACGCCAGCACGAAGCCUUGCCCCCAGUGCAGCCUCUUCACCUCCCUGAAGACCCGCUCCCUUCAGACACCCAGCAGAGCAGAGCACAAGUACAAGGUCCAGUGCAGUAAGUGUCAUUUUGUGUGGUGUUUUAAGUGCCACGCCCCCUGGCACCAGGGUCUGAAGUGUCGUGACUACCGGAGGGGGGACAAGCUGCUGCGGACCUGGGCCAGUGUUGUCGAGCACGGCCAGAGGAAUGCCCAGAAGUGCCCCCGCUGCAAGAUCCACAUACAACGCACAGAGGGCUGCGAUCACAUGACCUGCACGCAGUGCAACACCAACUUCUGCUACCGCUGUGGGGAGAAGUACCGCCACCUGCGCUUCUUCGGAGACCACACCUCCAACCUCAGCGUGUUUGGCUGCAAGUACCGCUACCUGCCUGAGAAGCCCCACCUCCGACGCCUGGUUAGAGGCUCUGUGUGUGUCAGCAAAGUGGUGGUAGCACCGGUGGUCAUUGUGCUGAUGGUGGUGAUUGGAGCUCUGUCUCUGGUUAUAGGACUGGUGGCCUUCCCCAUCUACUACAUCUGUAAGAGGAGGAGGAAACGGACCCAUGGCACCGGCCGCUGGAUCUGAUGAGGCCCCUCCCACAUCCCCCCCUCCAAGGCCUUGCUCUGCUCAACCCUAACACCAUAUUAUUUAUUCAGCCUUUUCAGGGAUUGUGACCAUGAAUAGCCACAUGACACAGUUGAAUUACUGAUAGUUUGUGAGAAUUCUAUGACAUGUGCACUGUGAGUGGUGCUUGUGUUUGCGUGAGGUGUAGGCCUGGCCAAGUCACACACACACACACUCUAGUGUCUCUCUAAGCCUCAUCUUGCUGUGCCAACAGCAGUUUUGUGCCCACACAGUGGUAUGUGCAUCAUCAACAGAAUGUGUUUGUUGUGAAACAAUGAUCAGAGCUUCAGUGAGGGUGUGCUCUCUCAUCUCUUGUCUGUUUGGGACAUGGCUCGCUUGGUUUUGUUCUGUGUUGCCAAGAGAUAUUAUCGGUCCACAGCCCUGGACAUAUGUAGAAGGGGGUGGUUCCCAACUUAUUUGGAUUAAUACAUUUCUCUGCCAUGAAAAACAAUUUGCCAAAAACAUAUUUUUAUUAUUUAGACAAGCUUGAAUAUAGGUUGCUCUGUAUAUCAGUCAACUGUACCUUUGAUGUAUCUCAUCAGUACAUACAAAACCAAAAUCUUAAAUUAUUACUUUUUGAUCUGCAGACCACAGAUACACUCUGGGACAGGGUAGGAAUGGUGAGACUGUGUGUAGGGGACUAAUUAAGUACUGCAUGGAACAAUCACUUCAGUCUAUCAUUAAGACAAGGUUGAUCAAUUGCAAUCUGUCCAGGAUUUGUGUUAUCCUGCAACAGGAAAACACAAGUGAUGAUGAUGAAAAUGUCCUUCUCUAUGGUUACCAUCAGGUCUUUCUUAUCACAUCAUAGUGUGUCACGACUACAAAUUUCACUUUUGUAUUUGUUACUCAGGGUGUUUUCCUUCCCAUUCUGCCCUCUUUCAACUGAGUCUCUCCCUGCCGGUCUCUCUUUCUGCCUGUCUGUUUCCUGAGUUGUCUGUCUGUAUGCCUGUAUUUCUACUCCUGUAACCACCACUGGUGUACCACAGCAACACUACGCUGCUCACAGAACUCUCCCCGAGGCAGAGUAGGUCUGCUGACAUGCUCUCAGGACUCACCCUUAGAAGACUCUCACGUGCAGACGCCAUUUUGAUUUGACGUGUUUAGAUGCUCCGAUUUUGUUAGGCGAUUGAUCCUGAUGCAGCAUCCAGUGGGAGGUUGAGGGUGUGAGGUGAGGGUAUAUGGCCUCCCCUCCCGUGUGCAGUCACCCUGGGGAGCUCUCGCUGGCUGAGGACCCCAGGGGUGCCAUACAAGAAUGACACUGUUUAUUGUAAAACAAGUAACACGUCACUGCAAUAUUGUCACACUGUCGGUCACAUGGCACUGCAAUGUUGUUACACUGUUAUUACCAUGUUGUUACUGUGAUGUUCAUAUCAUGUUGUUACAAGCUAUUUGUGAACAUGUUUUUAGCAUGUUUGAGCCAUAUGUCUUACAUGUUAUAGCUAUGUAUUAACAUGUUCCAUUAACAUUCAUCUGGUGCCUUUAUAGAAGUCUUAUACAGAUUUAGAACUUCACAGACCAGAUAUUCAGAUUAUACCUGGUCCCAGAUUACAACACUUGCACACAUGAUUACAACACUUACACACAUGAUUCUCAGAUGAGGCCUAAUCUGUCUGUGGAAAACUGGCCCUCUUAUAAUCUAGAAGUAAACCUAAUCUCCGAUGUUACUUUGACUUUUACUCCAGAGGACCUUGCCUCUGAUCCUGUACUCAAGUAGUUUGCACAAUAGCAGGUAGAUGGUCAGUUUCUCUUCUGAUCCUAGAUGUAGGCUGAACACAGUAGCUGGACACCACCACAUCACAGAGAGUAGAGUAUUUAAUGUCUAGGUUUGCACAGAUCUCUGCUCCUGGUGGCUGGGGUUCAAAGAUGCACUGCUAUCUUUACAUAUGACUCCUGUAUUUUACCUGAGGGAGACAUUAAAAAUAGCUUUUGAAAUGC